UUCAUAGAAUUAUUGAUAUUGGUGAUCAAUAAUUCUGUAACAUAACUGUUUUAAAGAAUCUUCUGAGAUUAAGUAAGAAAUAAAUACAGAACUUUGCAUUCCUCACUUUGUAGCAAAAAUCAUUAUUCAUUUUGCUAGUUGUCAUAUUGUAUUAGUAAGUGAAUGCUGAAGUAGUUGGCUGAUGAUUGCAUUCGCCAUCUCUUUUUAUUAAAGGAAAAAUGAUUACAACAAAGCAGCAAAUGUUGCAUCUCUUUCUGAUUCAUUACCCAUAAAGAGUGGUCUGAAUUCUUUGAGUGAAGUACCUCCAUUAAAGGAGUCUGAAAAUGCAAAUUCAGUUUUGAAAGAUGUAAAGAUGGUGAAUUCUAAACUCGUAUCACUUGAACUAGGAGAGGAAAAUGAAUAUAUUGAUGAUUUCAACAGCACCAGUCAUCGGUCAGAGAAAAGUGAAGUCAGCAUUGGUGAAGAAAUAGAUGAUAUUUCUAUGGAAAUAGAAGACUUCAUUACUAGUGAAAAGCUUGAAGACCUCACACAAGACUUCACUGUUUCUCAGUUAAGCGUUGAAGCAGAUUACCUAGAGGAUGUUGCAUGAGUAGAGAGCAGAAAUCUUAAAUGGUGGGACUGUCGACCUUUGUAGACUGUAUUUUAAGACAAUCAAUCUUCUGAAAUACCCCUCACAAAUCGUGCCUUUUAUUUCAAGAGAAAAAAUAAAACAACCCAAGAAAGCUGGAGAGGGGAAAGAUUUUAAGCUCGCAAAGAAUGGAGUUUAAUACUGCUGACUAGUUCAACUAAGGUAGUAGUUAGGUCCCAGAGAGAUGUUUGUUGCAGGCGACAGACACACCACCAUUUGAUUUAUAAACAUUCAUAAGGGAAGAAAUCCAUAAAGUAUAUGAAGAAUGGCAGACAUGGUUUGAUGUUAUGGCAACUAUCUAGGUUUUUUUAGCUGAAGAAAGUAAGAAAAUUCAGCAAGGUUGCUAUUUUGUUGACUCGUUUUCAGUAUAAUUUAUCUUUUAGCUACUGAAGUUAUUUUAGUUGACAGGGCAUAAUUCUCAAAAUUCUCAAAAU